AUGGAAGGUGCUAAUAAUAGCUUAAACAGAGGUGGAGUAACAGUGGUGGGUUCAGAUGCUCCCUCCGAGUACCACGUGGCACCUCGCACCACCAACGAAAACCCACCUCAGGCAACUGGAUCGUCGCCACCUGCAGCUGCGACGGUAGCUCCGGCACCAGUUUCCGCCGCGCAUCCUCCGGGCCCUGUGGACGCUGCCGGCGGAGUUGGAAUUGGGGCCGACUCCAUCUUGAAGAAGAAAAGGGGCAGGCCUAGGAAGUACGGCCCCCACGGCUCGGUCGCUGCUAAAGCCCUCUCACCUAAGCCGAUUUCAUCCUCGGCGCCGCCGCCGCCGGUGAUCGACUUCUCCGCCGUCGGGAAACGAGGGAAGGUCCGGCCUGUCACCUUGCCCGCUAAACUGCCUGAGCCUCUCAGGGUGGAGUAUGACGGUUUGGGUAUGCGAAAUGGGGAGUGGGUUUCAUGUUCUGUUGGUGCUAAUUUUACUCCACAUAUAAUCACUGUCAAUACUGGAGAGGACGUCACAAUGAAAAUUAUUUCAUUCUCUCAACAAGGAUCCCGAGCAAUAUGCAUUCUCUCAGCCAAUGGUGUAAUUUCGAGUGUCACUCUUCGUCAAGCCGAUUCUUCUGGUGGCACAUUGACAUAUGAGGGUCGAUUCGAGAUACUGUCGUUGACCGGGUCAUUUAUGCCGUCCGAGACGGGAGGGAUUAGAAACCGGUCGGGAGGAAUGAGCGUGUCUUUGGCAAGUCCCGAUGGCCGUGUUGUUGGCGGUGGGGUUGCAGGCUUGUUAGUUGCUGCCAGUCCAGUCCAGAUUGUGGUGGGAAGUUUUCUAGCCGGCAGCCAGCUUGAGCAGAAGACCAAAAAACACAAACCCGAGCCUGUGACCAUAAUAUCGGCUGGCUCUAUACCCUUAGUCAAUAAUGUCGGAAUGGAAGAUACAUACAAUACUUCCCCUUCUUUCCGUGGAGAUAGCUGGUCUUCAAUACCUCCCGACUCUAGGACUAAAACCACCGACAUUAACGUCACCUUAGCUGAAUAA